AUGAUUGCUGGGAAUUCACGCCUUCGCACACCCGUCACGAUUUUCGACGUCUUUUGCGUGAUUCGAGCGAAAGGCGAAGAGCCAACGUUGCUACAAAAGUAUCCCGAGGAUUUUAACAAUGCCGCAGUGAUCAAGUCGGUCCUGCAGUUUGCCGACCCAUGUCCGGGGAACAACGGAGGCCCGGCCGAGUCGUUUUGCUUUACUUUGACGGAUUCGCGGUCUCAAUACACAUUUGGGUACUGCCGUACGCUGCCCCGAAGCGACCGCACGAUCAUUUUUGUUAGUGCGCUACCCUGGGAUGGCUUCUUCGAAAGUGUGCUCGCCCACCUCUCGCAGUCAAUGGAGCGAAAUGAUAAACAAAAGUGUGACGUGAUCCUCUCGGAACUCUACUGCCAUCAGGUCCCGGUUCCUGGUGCCUGUGUUAAGCUUGAUAUGGGCAAGCCUCUCCGAUUGAACGCGCCGCAUUGGGAUCAACUUCCACGACUGGACGAAAAUCUAUGCCUGCUCGAGUUUUGCAACACGAUGCCGCCGAUGCAGCUGAUUGCGCUUUACUCUAGCCUACUAAAGGAGCGUCGCAUCAUCUUCACCGGCUCGCACCUAUCGCAAGUGAGCAGCUGUGUUAUGGCUGCCAGCACCCUACUCUUCCCUAUGCACUGGCAAUCGCUGUUGAUUCCAAUUCUUCCGGCCUCACUUAUCGAGAUGCUGCAUGCGCCUAUGCCUUACCUGAUCGGCGUCCCCAAGCGCAAUUUCUCGAUGGAGACGCUGCGCGAGAUCGGUGAUGUGAUGGUAAUCGAUUUGGACACCAAGACGCUAAACGGCUCACACAACGAUGUUAACCAUCUACCCGAGCCGCUGACAGCAUAUCUGAAGGAAAAGCUGAAAGCGGUGACCAAAGCAGGCGAUCGCUUCUCGCGUAUCUUCUUGCGCGCCAAUUCCCAGCUCUUCAGCGGCUUCAAGGAGGGUCUUGUGUUCGAGCCGGCCGGGAAGACAUUUUCCUGGAACAGUGAGCGGUUCAUCGCCGAACAACCCAGCAGUGUUCGUCCGUUCUUGGAAGCUCUUGUCGGUCGUGACGGCGCGCAGUAUUUCGAGCGGUUUAUCGAUGAGCAACUGGAUAAUCUGAACAAGGGCUUCUCUCUGGAGAAUAGAUUUGAAGGCCAAGCGCGCAUCGAAGACACCCGCUUCAAAGCGCAGAUUCGGGAGAAUGCGCACGCAAUCUUGGGGGUGGUCAAGGAUUCGCUAAACCUAUUGCCGUUCAAAACUAGGUUCACGCGCCACACUCGCCGCAAGUCGAUCACCUCAAGCAAUCACAAAUCGGCGAAGAACUCGGCGCGUCGUGCUGGGCGCCGCAAGAGUAUUGGUGCGGAAUGCGUGACGCCGAAUCAGGGCAAGACAAAGUCACGGGCCAAAUGGAGACUGCGCGCGACGAGGCUGUUGAGGAUAAGCUGGGAUAGCGAUUGGGACACCGACCCGCUGGACCCGCUCGAACAACCACGUCCAAAUUUUGAGAAAAACCAAAAGCCCACGCCUAACAAUGUCUACGACCACGUCCCGCCCAAGUCCACGCUCUACGAUCUCAUCCCGUCCAAUUCCGCUGUCUACGACCGCGUGCCCCCUCAAUUCCAACGUCUACGACUGCGUCCCAACUAUCUC